GCCUCUCCAUUAGCUCCUUAACCUCACUCCCAGCCAGGGAUUCGCUCGGCGGCCUGUCAGUCAAGCUGCCGCGCCGUUCGCCCUGGCCCGGAUUCCGCCCCGGGAGCCGUUCUAGUGCGUCAUCUCGAUGUCGCCGAGUACUUCCUGCACAGCCCCUCUAGACGGUUCCCCGCGGUAUCUACUGUCCGUGCUGCAGCCGCUCUAGGCAGCGGGAGCUGGCUCUAUGACCCAGAGGGGCCUGCUGGUGGGCCGGUGCCGGUGGGCCGGGGGCGAAUCCCGGGGGUGGCCCGCGCAGGCCCCGUCCGCGCAGGCCUUCCCUAGGAAGCUGGAGGCAGAGCCAGCCACGCCUUACCCCUGCGGAGCGGCGAAGAGAAAUUACUACUCUGUCAAGAUGAGCAGGUAUUAAUAAGUUGGAUGACUGAAGAGAACCCACACAGAAGUUACUGAUGAUACUAACCUGCAGAGGCAUUGAAAGUUUUGUGUUGGGUUUUUUUGUUUGUUUGUUUUUUUUCUUUGUUUUGAGUGUAAUCCAAAUACUCCUGAUGGAUUUGGAGAGAACUGCUGAAAUCAACAAGAUGGAAAACAAUUCAGGCUAGCAUGAAGUACUGCAUUUAGAAGAAAAAUUCAAACAAAUACUCAAACAGAAAAAUGACAGAAAAAGAUCAGAAGAUAUAGUAGACCUCAAGAACAUUUUCUCUGUGAAGAAAUGGCAUCCAGCAUUGGAAAUGAAAAGAGUGUGAAUCCCGUGCUCAGAAUAAGUCAACUUGAUGCUCUUGAGUUAAACAAAGCCCUGGAACAACUAGUGUGGUCCCAGUUUACCAGUUGUUUUCAUGGAUUUAAACCAGGGGUGUUGGCUCAUUUUGAACCAGAAGUAAAAGCAUUUUUAUGGCUUAUAUUAUGGAGAUUCACUAUUUAUUCCAAGAAUGCAACUGUGGGGCAGGCUAUUCUGGAUAUUCAAUACAAGAACAACCUAUCUCAGACAGAGAAAUACCAACCUUUGAGCAAACACCAGAAGUUAUGGUAUCUUAUUUUCACUGUGGGUGGAAGAUGGUUGGAAGAAAGAUGUUAUGAUUUAUUUAGUAAUCGUCAGCUGCAAUCUUUCUGCAAAAUUAAGCGUUGUAUUACCUUUGGAGCUGGACUUAUUAAACUUUGUGGACUUGUAAAUUUUCUGAUUUUUCUUCAGAAAGGAACAUUUGCAACACUUACUGAACGCAUUCUAGGAAUUAGGUCAGUUUUUUGCAAGCAGCAAAGUGUUCGUCAGGUAGGAUUUGAAUACAUGAACAGGGAGCUCUUAUGGCAUGGCUUUGCUGAAUUUCUGAUCUAUCUGCUACCACUUAUUAAUGUACAGAAACUAAAACUUAAAAUUUCUUCUUGGUGUUUGCCUGUUGCAGGUCUUUCCAAUAGUGAAAAUACAUUAACAGCUCACUGCAAGGAAUGUUCGCUAUGUGGGGAAUGGCCUACCAUGCCCCAUACCAUAGGCUGUUCACAUGUUUUUUGUUACUUCUGUAUUAAAAGUAACUAUUUAUUUGAUAUGUAUUUUACAUGUCCUAAAUGUGGCUCAGAGGUACACAGUCUGCAGCCACUGAAAUACAAAAUUGAAAUGACAGAAUUGCAUGUGUGAUAAGGCUUGUGUGGUUUGGUUUUAUACUAGACCUGGAGUACUACAUUGCAGAGAUUAACAGAAAAAUUCAGAAAAUCUUGUAAAGGGACUGUUUCAACAUGCGUUUAGAGACUAUAAAUUGUUGCAGCAUGUUUCUUUACUGUUUUGUUUUCUUUUUUUAACUGAGUAACAAUGACAACUUGCCUCUCUGUGAAGGACAGAACAGAACGGAGUUCACCAGCUCUUCUACUCUCUUGGAUUGCUUUAUUCCAGUUUGGUACCCCUAUGUUGUCAAGUCAUUACUUCUAGAUCCAGAGUCUGUCAGCCUGCCACGUCCUAACUACAUGCUAUGUACUUCCUUCAAAGAUAAGGAAGAUGCCCAGUAAGCUUUUACUCAUUUUGUGGAUUUUAACUGCCUUGUUCAAAAAGCUUCUGCCAUUGCCAAAUUAGCAGGCAAAGUCCUCCUCAUCAUGCCUAAACACCAAUUUUAAAUUUGAAUGUUUAAAAUUUGAAUUCCCACUGUGAUGUUUCCCUGCAAAAAGGAAAGGUUUGAGAUUGUCAUCUCAAGCAGAUCGUGGUUUUCAUCAUAUUCAGCCAUCAUAACAGACAUAUGAGAUACAGGUAUAGAUCAUAAGGUUAGCAUUCCAUCUGGUAGACAGACAAGAUACUCCAUGGUUAACACAUGCCUACAGGAGAUCUAACCACUUCCUUUGCAAAUACAAUGCACCUUCUAGACCUUUAUGAGAUGACAGAACUAAUUUUCUCACUCAGCUGUUUGUCUUUGAUCUUCAGUGAUGUAUGUAUGAACACCUCCGCCUUUUUCUGUAUAAAGCUGAGGGAGGCAGUCCAUCAUCCAUUGGAGCAUGGCAGCUGCCCAAGGUAACCUGCAUUCUUCUGAGUCAGAGACACUGGAGAAAACUGCUUAAUCACAAUAUACUGUCUUUGGGACUUGCCAGUCUUUUUGGUGUGGUCAAGGCGGGUGUCAAACCUCACUAAGUACCACACAAAAGAUCAAACACAGUUAUGUGCAUAUUGACAUAUUAAAGAAACGGAUAACUCUUCCUGUUUUUUACCAUUAGUAUUUGCUUUCUCUGUUGGCUUUACAGUGUUUUUAUUGUUCCCAGUUUUAUCACUUUAUCCAUUUAUUCUCUGACCUGGUUUUAUAAGAUUUAUUUUUUUCAAACACUCAGUCCUUUUUGAACAGUAAAUCUUACCCAGAAGUGUCUCAUUAACACAAAAAUACAUUGCAUCCUUUUUUGGCUCUUAAAUCAAAUUCUCAAAAACUUAGGCAAUAAAAUGCAGUAAAUCACUUUAUGAUGGCUGUGUUCUUGAAUGGCUAUCAUCAAUAGUCAGUCUCAAAAAUAGUAUGGUAAAAACUGAUCCAAUAUUUUUUAUCUCCUUUUAUGAACUGUUUUAUUACAUUCUUCAGUGUCUGAUUAAAACAACCCACCAGCCUAUUUGUUUGAAGAUCUUAAAUUCUAGGUUUUGAUCUUUAGUGACAUGCAACGCUUUCAUCUGAUGCAAUUAAAUAUAGUUAGGAGGUUCAUAAGUAUCUAUGGGCAGCCCAAAACUUGAUUAAUUCUGCUACUGUUCUGUGAGUCAACAGACUUCAGAGCAACUGCUUCCAGAUACUGUGCUGCAAUGUAUUAUUUGUCAUCAAAUGUAAGUAUCAGCAGCCUGCCGAAUUUGUGUUAUUCAUGGCUGCAGUUUCGACAAGCUGAUGUAAACCUGAUUUUAUUAGAAGUAUCAAAACUGGAAAGCCUGUUGAAUAUCCUGGAGUCACUUGAUGUUCCUGAGGUGAUUCUGUUUGAACUGUCCCUGCACUUCACUUGAUAGCUCAUCCCAAGCUAAUAUAUUAGGAGCCCUGACUUUGAGGUGGUCUAAUGUCUCCAGAAAGGGUUGUCAGCAUUCCUGUUACCUCUCUCUUUACCUGUUUUUAAUUAAUUAAGAUUUGUACGCAUCCAGUGUUUGUAUUUUACAAUCAUAGCACAUCUUUGUUUUGCGUGGACUCCAUUCCUUCUGAAGUCACAAUGCAGUAUUGUAUCAUUCUAAAGUCACAGAGCAGUAUUGUGUCAAAAGAGCAUGCAUUUCCUAUAUUGGAUUCUGUUAGGUGUCACAUUCUUACGUAGGAGUUGACUUCUUUCCUUUUUAUAAAUGUUUCUUUUUCAUGAUUAUUUAAGGAGUGCUAUCUUCCUUUUUCAUUUCACCUCUCUUUGUCCUGCUGUUUGAUUUACCUAAGCUGUAUGAGUUUCCUGCGGUUUGUUUUGUCUCUUGCAGCUUCAUGCAGUUGAAAUCCUAGAAAAAUCUAUGCGGUUUUUCAUCCCUAUUAUACAGUAUCAGUAGAAGACCUGCUUCCAGAAGUUUUGUACUUCAGUUGUAUAGCUGUUCUCACUGUGCUCUGUUGCACUUGGCUUCCCUGUUUUUCUUCUGGAGUUGGACUUUUGAUAAUUAACUUUUGAUGGAUUGUUAUACCAAAGCAUUGGCCUACUACAGUAGUACCUAAUUGUUAGUGUGUUACAUUUGUACCCCAGAACACUGACCAAGUUUGUAAAGUCUUUGUCUUAGGGCAUAAAUAAACUGUUUGCAUUACCCUAAGAUUCUAGAUCCUAAGGUGUGGCUUUAAUUCUUCUAUUUUCCAUGCAAGUAAGCAGGUACCACGCAUCUUGCAGAAAUAGGUUUGAGAAGAGAAUGGUUAUUUUUGUCAAAUAUAUAUUUUAUAAUUUUUUUUCAAUCUAUCAUGUAAAUGAAACUUUUGCUCAGAUGUAGUCACAACUGAGAUUGAUGAGACCAAGACUUCAGCUUGCAUAUUGAAAACCUGCUGACUACCAGGUUAGUUUUCUAGUCAACAUUCAGCAUCUUCCUUAUAGAUCUGUAAAAUUAAAAAAGUACACUUUUUUUUUUAUAUUGUAAUUCUAUUCUGUUGUGUCUUGUGAUAUAUAAACUGGAGAGAAGUGUCACUUGAAGAUAUUACAGAAAAAAAAGUAGAUUAUUUGUAGAGUAAUCAAAGGAUAAUUAAUUUUACAUACUAAUUGCAUUGAUAAUUUGUCCUCAUAAGCAUUGUAUUUUCAGGUUAAAACUGUACUAUAACAAAGGACUAAGAUACAUCUGGUGAUUCUUCCUGCAGUAGAAGGAAUAAAAUUUAUUUUGCAAUGUUAA